UCAUUUUUGCUUGAAUGAGAAGAUUGUUGAGUGUUAUUUUACGCGGCGUCUAUUUUAACUAUUCCGUGAAAUAUUAAAUCAUGAAUAUAUUUCGUUUGCUCGCCGACUUAUCCCACCUGUUAGCUAUAAUUAUACUUCUACUUAAAAUAUGGAAAACCAGAUCAUGUGCAGGAAUAUCAGGAAAAUCGCAAAUACUAUUUUCCGUGGUAUAUACGGCGCGGUAUUUGGACUUACUAACGGCCUACGUGUCUGCUUAUAACACCAUCAUGAAAAUAGUCUUUAUCGCAGCAUCUUACGCUACAGUGUAUUUGAUGUAUGUCAAAUUUAAGGCCACCUACGAUCACAACCACGACACAUUUAGGAUUGAGUUCUUGUUGAUUCCGACUCUGAUACUAGCAUUGCUUGUUAAUCGCGAAUUCACAGCAUUGGAGGUUUUAUGGACAUUCUCGAUUUAUUUGGAGUCGGUUGCAAUCUUACCACAGUUAUUCCUGGUGUCCAAGACUGGAGAAGCUGAGAGUAUCACAUCUCACUAUUUAUUUGCCCUGGGCUCUUACAGAGGUCUCUAUCUCUUAAACUGGAUAUACCGCUACUUUGUUGAAGAGCAUUUUGAGCCUAUAGCGGUCAUCGCUGGUGUUGUGCAAACUGUGCUGUAUUGUGAUUUCUUCUACCUCUACAUCACUAAAGUUCUUAAAGGGAAGAAACUACAGUUGCCAGCCUAAACCACACAGCGAUUUAGGGUGCAAUAUAAAACUGACAAGAAAUGUCUUCAAGUAUAUUUUAUAUAAGUCAAUAAUUAAUUACCUAAGAACCUAGUUGUACAAGUGACUCUUUGCAGCUGUGAAAACAUUUAUUAUGAAGCAUUUGUCAUUAUGUUUACUGAAACCAUGUACUAUUGUUACUGUCUAUACUAUGACUUUGUGAUUCCUUUACUAACUUUAUCAUACGGCUGAUGGGUGUACUUAGAUUUUUUGAGUGGAGCAGAAUCAA